UGUGAGUCCUGUCAUUUCAGUGAACCGUGUUUUAAUGCGGCAUGAUAAUGAAGCUUUGAGCUGAUUGACAAUAUCGAUCACACUAUAAGGAUAGUACUAUUUCUAUACUGGUUCGAGUCUUCGCCGAUGAUCGUUGUGUUACCCUAAAACCCUAUCUAACGGAUACCAUUUGCACGACUAAAGGUCCGAGAGUCAUGGUGAUGGCUGUGUGGAGGGUUGGUGUGUGCCCACUGAAACAGGUGCGGGGUGCCUAUCUGAUCAGGGUCAGUGUCCGCAGUCUGUUCAGUGAGUCGGGCGUUUGGGAGAGGGACUACAGGACCGAGACCCGGCGUAGAGUGGAGCAGUGGUGGCACACGCGCAUCCAGGAGCAAUGGCAGAGAGACGGGAUGGACCAGAGCUCUCAGAAGAAGUUCUACGUUCUCUCCAUGUUCCCGUAUCCAUCGGGUCGACUUCAUAUGGGCCACGUGAGAGUUUACACAAUUAGCGACACCAUCGGCCACUUCCAGAGGAUGAGAGGCCAUCAGGUGUUGAAUCCGAUGGGAUGGGAUGCAUUUGGUCUACCGGCUGAGAACGCUGCCAUUGAACGAGGCCUAGACCCAGAGGAGUGGACCAAAAGUAAUAUUGAGUCGAUGCAGCAGCAGCUGGACAGUCUGGGACUCUGCUUUAAUUGGGAGCGGGAGGUCACGACCUGUCUCCCUGACUAUUAUAAGUGGACACAAUAUCUGUUCAUCAAGCUGUUUGAGGCUGGACUGGCUUACCAGAAAGAGGCUCAUGUGAAUUGGGAUCCAGUGGAUCAGACGGUUCUUGCUGAUGAGCAGGUGGAUGAGAGCGGUCGCUCAUGGAGAUCUGGAGCUGCUGUGGAACAGAAGCUCCUCAAGCAGUGGUUUAUCAAAACUACCAACUAUGCCAAGCCCCUCUUGGAUGCUUUGGCUGAUCUCCCAGAAUGGUAUGGAGUCAAAGGCAUGCAGGCCAAUUGGAUUGGUGACUGUUCCGGCUGCUUCUUCAACCACACAUUGAAGGUGGAUGGUCAAGACACAGGGGAGGUGUUAUCUGCAUACACCUUUUCUCCAGAGGCUGUGUUUGGAGCAGCCUACAUCUCCAUCCUACCGUCACACAGGCUGCUGCAUGGCUCCAGUGCCCUCAAACCAGCUCUGCUCAGAGCGCUGAGACCUGGGAGAGACAGCUUGACUGAGGUCACAGCUCUCAACAUGUUGACCGGUCGUGAGGUUCCAGUGAUCAUCUCCGCCAGGAAUGAGUUCCACGGACAUCUGGACACUGUGAUAGGCAUCCCAGACAGCAGUGUGGAGGAUAUGAAUGUGGCUCAGUCUCUGGGUGUGAAGUGGAAUUCUGUUCUAAAGACAGAAGAAGAUGAUUCACAGACUCUGAUCAACUCAGAUGAGUUUACAGGUCAAAGCCGGGGGGAUGCAUUUAAGUCUGUUACCCAGAAAGCCCGGGAGAGAAACGUUGGUGGUUACCUCACUAGUACAAAGCUGCGUGAUUGGCUGAUAUCAAGGCAGCGGUACUGGGGCACACCCAUUCCCAUAGUGCACUGCGGUUCAUGUGGGCCUGUGGCUCUUCCGGUUGAAGACCUGCCUGUCACGCUACCUAAAGUACCCUUCCUUAAAGGGAAAGGAGCAUCACCCUUAAAGAUGGCACAGGAUUGGCUGAGAUGCCAGUGUCCAAGGUGUAAAGGUCCAGCGGAGAGGGAAACAGACACCAUGGACACAUUUGUCGACUCGUCCUGGUACUAUUUCAGAUACACUGACCCACACAACCUGCUGAGACCUUUCGAUCGCUCUCAGGCGGAUCAUUGGAUGCCAGUGGAUGUGUACAUCGGAGGGAAGGAGCAUGCUGUCAUGCAUCUGUACUACGCCCGAUUCCUCAGUCACUUCUGCAGAGAUCUGGGCAUGGUUUCAUAUAGGGAGCCCUUCAAGAAACUGCUGGUACAGGGUCUAAUAAAGGGCCAGACGUUCAGGGUGGCAGAGACUGGACAGUACCUGAAAAAAGAUGACAUUGAUUUCACAGGUUCAGAGCCCGUUCAGAGGGACACCGGCAGCCCACUGCAGGUCACGUGGGAGAAGAUGAGUAAAUCCAAACACAACGGCCUGGACCCGCAGGAGGUGGUGCAGCAGUACGGCAUUGACACCAUGAGACUCUACAUCCUGUAUGCUGCUCCACCCGAGCAGGAUAUCUUAUGGGACGUCAAGACUGAUGCUAUCCCAGGUGUGUUACGAUGGCAGGCCCGUCUGUGGGGGCUGGUCACUAAACUGAGAACUGUACGAGAGGGGCACGAGGUGCCCAACCCCUCCAUCCUGAACAAGAGAGAGCGCUCAGAGGCUCAGAAUAUCUGGAAGAACAAAAACUACACCAUCACACAGGUCACAGGUCACUUCACAGAAGACUUCCUGUUUAAUGCAGCCAUCUCUCGACUCAUGGGUUUGACCAACACACUCUCACAAGCUUCAUCUCGAGUAGUUCUGCACAGCGUGGAGUUCGAGGAGGCUUUGGCGUCGCUGUGUGUGAUGGCUGCACCCAUGUGUCCACACUUAGCUUCUGAACUCUGGGCAGGUAUGUCUCAGGUGAGGAAUCCUUUAGGAAGCAUGCUGUCUCGGAAAGGAGAUGUUCUUCAACAGCACUGGCCUAGUGUUGACCCAGAGUACCUACAAACCCCUGACACGCUCCAGGUGUCUGUACGGAUCAAUAAUAAGGUGUGUGGGAGUGUAUCUGUACCUCAUGAUGUGGCUCAGGAUGCACAGAAGGUUCAGGAGCUGGUGAUGGAGAGUCCUCUGGGCGCUCGCCUUCUUUCUGACCGCAUCAUUAGGAAAGCCAUACUCUCACCCAGAACUGCUCUCAUUAACUUCCUGGUGGACGAAUGACACAGCUAGAAUCGAUGUGCCUUACAGGGGUUUUGCUAUCAGAAUGAACUGCCUGUGAAAAUCCCAAGUCUCUUAUAUCCAAAGGAAAACAUCUGGUUUAACAUUAAAUCAAAAGGGAGCAAAAAUGGACAUCAUUUAUUGGAAGUUUCAGAUGAUGUUUUGAAGACUUAGUUUGACUAUUUAACUGUUUGUCUGAUGAUGACUUUGCUCUUUGUUGCUAAAAUUUUUCUGUAACACUCCUCUCCACAAUAUGUAUAUAUAUAUUGUUUUUGAAAGCCUGUGAUUCUGACUCUGUUUGCUCUAUGUUUGCUCUAGAGUUUCAAAGGGUUAGGCCAAUUUUAUUUUGUUUUAAAGAUAUUUUUCUGCAAAACAAGUUAUAUACUCAUUAUCAAAACAUUGUUAUUGCAGUGUUUAUGGUUUUUUCAGGUGUUUGGGAUGCCAGCAUCACUAUCACAUUGUUUUGCCCAGCCCUACCUCUCAUCCCUUCCUAGAGGAUAGUCUGGCAGUGUGAGUGUUGUGUACUGAGCUAUUUCUAAACUCCCAGUUUUAGCCUGGCAUUAAAACACCUCUAACAGACCUGCACUACUGCCUGAAAUGGAGAUGUGGAGACUAUGCUGUACUUUCAGACACAGUCAGAUUCUUGCCAGCUCUCAUAACCAACGUCUCUCGCUGACAAGAUUGAACCCCCAUUUAGGUGACUCACUCUUACCGGAAUGAGUGCUCGAGGUCUAUCACUGUCUCAAAUAGCUUAGCAAAGUACAUGAAAGGUCUACUGUUCAGCUAAGUAGUAGUCAUUGUGUGUGUCGCUCCAUCAUGUAUAUCCAAAAAUAUCCAAAAGUUGAGAACAUUUUAAUCCAUUGACCAAUUUCAGAAAAGGGUGUCAAGUUGUGCUUUCGGAAAUUCAAUUCCCUGCAAUCCUGCUGGACUUGAAACUGACCUGGCACUGUCCACACCCUCAAGACAGAUCUUACUAAUUCCUGUCGGUCAAACCUUACCAACAUUUAUGUUCUGGGCAGACAUGGUCUCAUAAAAAAAAAAAAAAGGAACAUACUACCCUUCUAGGAACACUUGUUCAAGUGCAUAUUUUGAUUACGUAACUUAGUAGCUAAGGAAGUCUGCCCAGUAAUAAAAAAAAAUAAAAAAAUGCAUGUCCUUCAUCAUUUUGGAGCUAUCACUAUAGGAAGAGAAGUGUUGGCCCACAUUACACCAUAGGUUGCCCCAUAUAGCACCACUUAACAAUGAUGAAAACACUAAUUGACAACAGACCAUUAAAUGUUAAUUGAAAACUAAAGCACAUCCAAAGUUUGGUAACAAAAAAAUACAAUUAGUUCAAAAGCAUCACCCUAGGGUUCUGUUUCUAAACUGUCAUUGGAGUAAAAAGGUUCUAUGUAAUAUAAAGUACAUGACUUGAAAUGUAUGAAAUACUAUGAUAGUAACAUUCAUAAACUGCCCAGCUGCUGAAAUUGCUGUGCUUUCUAUGAAUAUUAAAAGUCAUUUUGAUCAAUAUUAUUUGUCAUCAAUUUGGUUGGCCAGUGUCCUUGUCUAUUUCUGGUUCCUUUGCUAUGAUAGGCUGUAUUGGCAACCCAAUCUCAAGACAAGUCAUAAUAAUAUUACAAGAUGGCAAAGUUGUAUGAGUGGGUUCAUAUAAAACUAAACACAUUUUAUUCCCAUACAGGAAUAUAAAUUAUCCAACAAUGUUAGAACAAAGUUAUUAUAAUUUUUCCAAACUUUAACACCAAACCUAACUAUAAAAUCUAACCACCCCUUAAUAAAACCCUAAACCUAACAAUGAUUUUAAAAGGAAAAUAAGUCUCUAAUAAUUAUAGAUUUAAUUAUUUUGUGUAUCAUGGAAGAAAGAAAACCGCAGUGGCAUUUGGAACGAGACAAGGGAAGUGUAUUCCAGGUUAUUGAUAUAUCAUACAUCAGUCAAUUACAUUCAUAAAUUUGAAAUGAGGAACAAAAUUUGUCUGCAGACUUUUCCAUUCUUAAAAUAAUGUGUUGGAAAUGAGGCUAGCUAAAAUGUUAUGCCUGUAUUGCAUUGAUUAGAAAUUCUGUUUGAUGAUUGGCUGUAUCUAUAAAAGUCAUACAGUAUCUUGCGAGUUGUCCUAAGAUGACGUUGGUAUUGCUUUAAAGUGGCAUUCAUUUGACACUUUGUAACAAUUUUGAAUGAAUGUGGUAAAAGUGAUAUUGAACUGUGCUCAACUAACCUGGAACUACUUCAUAGCCAUUCAGUUAUAUAAAAUGAAUUAACGCCUUGGAAUGUCUGUCAGUCAUUUUGAAUCAAAUAAACUGAAGAUAAUGUAUAGAUGUCUUUGUCUUUUAAAGUUCUAUUGCGGUCCUGUUAGAAAGCUUUAGAAAUGGCCAUCAUUCCCUUUGGAAAUGACAGCGGAGGGAAUUGAGUAAUCACAUUUCAACACUGGCGUAAUCUUGUCCCUUUUCUCUGUCUUGGCAGCCCAACCCAAUGACAACAUUAACUGAUACCAUGCUUGAGUUAGCGCCUCUUUAAAUGGUGAUGACUGUUUCUCGUUAUAUGUUGAGUGCUUGACCUUCUCUAAAAGCAUCAGAGAAUAUGUAUCUCUGCACUUGAGGGAGCAAAAUGUUGAGAAUUGACACAAAGGUAGCCUUUCAUAUCAAGUGAAGUGUCAGGCCUUCAGGGCAUUGAUGUCCUGAGACACUACCUGACAGUACCUCUAUUGUUCAGGGACGUUCUUUACCAUGUUACUCAGUAACCACGCAUAAUUCAGUCUGAAAUAGAUCUCCACCGCUGCCCCUAAUGGCAGUCUUUUGCAUGUGACUCACUUAUAAAGCGCUGUUGAAUACAUUUCCCAGAAGUCCCAUUCUCAUCAAAAGACUUUAGACUUAGACAUUAAAGACUUUGACUUUAAAAGAAAGAAGGAUUUAUUUUUUCCUUGUUUAUGAGCUGGAUAUUUUUGCCAUUGUAUUUUCGUGUGUAUCGUGUCAUAUAUAUUGUUUUACUCUACUCACAUUUAAGCACGGUCAUGUGUUUAUGCUAAAAACACCCCAAAACACAUUAACAACUGCAUAGCAACACCCCUACAAUAACCCACAAUUACCUAACAUUGUGGUGGUGAGUUUUGCACAGGUAAGCACUGCUCAUAUUUUCACAAAACCUCUGAUUAGGGCAUUUGACUUUGGAUUAGUCAUGUCCUGAGUUGUCAAGAUAAGUUUGCAGAACAGACAGAAUCUGAUUCGAAAUCAGCACUUCUCAGUAAAGACUGUUUGGUUCUGUCUCUCUAUUUGAGUCGCAGAUCCAUUUGUGAAACCUCAUUUACUCAUUUACUCACCCUGAUGAUAACCCAUGUGUCUAUGACUUUCUUCUUAUUUGUCUGUGGAACGUUGUUCUCAAAGUGCUGGAUUAUUUGCUGAAGCAUGUGUUGGCAAAUUGACAAGUCUUGAAUGAACCUUGAUCUUGAAGGCUGCUCCCUAUAUAUACGAUUGCCUCACCUGUGUAACAUCUGUUUCACAUCACCUUGUUAUUUCAACUCUUCAAAUUGUUAUUAGUCUUAAAUUGCUCCUGUCUCAAAUUUUUUGAAGAUUGUUGCAAUCAUCUGAUUUGAAUUGACUGUACAUUUUCAAAAAACAAUGAAAUUCACAAGGUAAAACUUCAUAUUAUAUGUAGUUGUAGAGCUUUCAAUAUAGCAAAGAGUGAAUGUAAUUUACAAAUCACUCCUUUUUGUAUUUAUUAGCAUUUUUCACA